AUGGAGGAUGACUUUGAGUCAACAACCUUGCAUUCAGCUCCAUCAUUUGCAAUAUACAACAACUUUCAUGGAGAUGAUGAUGACAUCACCCCGGAAGAAAUUUUGAAGAAAACUGUUUUGAUUGGACAGAGUUUGGAAGCCACAGGCAGCGGUGAGUUCAGUUUUGGGAACAAGAAGAUGGAUUUGAUUGAGGAAGGUGAGAAUGAGGAUGAGAAUGAUUGGUCAAAUGGGAUUCAGAAUUUGAGUAUUGAAGAGGAAGAUGUUGAACCAGCUAGUCCCCCCAUGUAUCUGGCAACGGGGCUUGGGGUUGAUGAUGAGUUAGGAUCUGACAAACUUGUCGGUGGUGAUAUAUUUAAUCCCAACUUGCAAGAAAGUCAGGAUCUUGAAGGUUAUUACAAGAGCAUGAUUGAUGAGUAUCCCUGCCACCCUUUGGUUCUCAAAAAGUAUGCACAGGUUUUACAAUCUAAUGGAAACCUACAAGGAGCUGAGGAGUACUUUCUUCGUGCUACCAUGGCAGAUCCUAAUGAUGGUGAAACCUUGAUGGAGUACGCGAAGCUGGCAUUGGAGAACCAUCAUGACAAGGAUAGAGCAUUAGUCUAUUUUGAACGUGCAGUUCAAGCUGCACCUCAAGACAGCCAUGUUCUUGCUGCAUAUGCUAGUUUUCUCUGGAACAUUGAAGAUGAUGGCAAUGAAGAUUGGAAACAUGAAAUUCAGAGUGACAUGGAAAAUCAAAAGACUGAACCUGUGAAGCCCUCCAAAGAAAAAAGUGAUCUAAUCAGCCAAUUCUCGGUUCUUUCAGCUAGACAGGAGCUUGAUGCAUCACAUAAUUAUGGUGAAGUAAGUAACGUUGAAGAUUAUUUUAAGAAGAUGAUUGAUGAACAUCCAGAUAAUCCUUUGUUUCUAAAAAAGUAUGCUCAGUUUCUGUUGCAGUCCAAGAGAGAUCAUCAAGCAGCAGAGGACUACUACUCACGUGCAAUAGUAGCUGAUCCCAGUGACGGUGAAAUGAUAUCAGAAUAUGCCAAACUAGUAUGGGAACUUCAUCAUGAUCAAGAAAAAGCUUCGUUUUUAUUUGAACAAGCAGCUCAGGCUUCCCCUGGGGAUAGCAAUAUUCUGGCAGCAUAUACCUGCUUUCUCUGGGAAACAGAUGAUGGGGAAAGCUGA